GCGUCACAACUCGCGCUGGGCUCUGGAGCGGGCCAAGCGGACCGUGCAGCGCCAGUUCGCCACUGUCGGCGUCCUGGAGAGCCUCAACACCACACUGGCCGUGGCAGAGACGCUGCUGCCGCGCUACUUCGCCGGCGCGUGGGACAGGUUCUUCAUCGAUCUCGUCGGACAGAUCGGUGACUCAAUGAUCCCGAGAUCGCUGGACGAGCUCUCACCAAAGGCAAGGGAGGGUCUACGGGCGAACCUGACCACUGAAUAUGAGUUUUACGACUUCGUGAAGCAGCGAGUUGAGCAGCAGUACAAUGCGUUUGUUCCCGGGUCAUCGUCAUGAUCAAAUAUUGCUGGCUAUAACUGCCAUAAUCCUCGAGAUGAACCUAGGAAGAAGCCACGGGGCGUUCAAUGCUGUGAUGCAAAUGUCUGAUGGUGUUGCGUGGAAACCCUCGUGUUCCGGCUUGAUUAAGUUCAAAUAGCAAUCGAUGAACAGUAGAGACAGAAAAGUGUUGCGGAACGAAUCGCGGAAUUCGUUCAAGCGGGCGUUAGUUGGUGUCAGACUUCAUCAGACAUCAAGACCGGUAGGUAUUGGCUGAAGUUAGGCAUACCUACUUGAUCCUUUGCUUGACACCCGUUCCCUUCAACGAUUGUUGAGCAGCUCUGAGAAGUUCAGUAAAACACCAUGUUGCAUUCAAUCUGAGCAUAAGUGUUGAAUACACGACUUUUCCAUUGUGA